AUGGCCAGCACAGAGGUAUCCACGCGUGCCGACGAGCUGUACAGGCUGGGGGUGGAGAGUGAAACGCCGAAUCGCACACAGCUGGACAAGCUGGUGGAUUUCUUGCGCGUCAACCCGCUGCUCCUGUACCCGGACUACUUUAACAGGGGCUACCAGUCGAAUGAGCCUGCAAUCGGAGCGUGGCACGGCCAGAGCGCCAACGACUCGGACGACACGCUCGUAUACCUAACGACACUGGGCGUGUGGGGGUGGGCGCAGCUGUUCAAGACAACAUACCCAGGCAUGGUCCACCGCUUCCUAAAAAUAGCCGGGCAGACGCUGCGCCAGAUGAGCCACACGCCAGGCCCGAUUGUGCGGCGCGCAAUCCAGGCGCUGACGCGGUUCUGGUCGGUCCUGUACCGGCAUUGCACCGACGAGGAGGAGGAUGAGCGCAUGUGGAUGCAGGCAUACAAAGAGAUGCACGGGCCUGGCAGUGACUAUCCGCCAGAUCCCGCAACAUUCUUGGAGACAGAGGCCGCAAUCUUCUCGGCAGCGCAGCAGCGUGCUGAUACAAAGGGGUACGAUGAGGCCAGCCUGGAUCUGUGCCCUGAUCAGCACCCAUAUCUUAACAAAGCCCAGCUGGAGGAGCGCGGCACGUCGGCACGGCAGAUGCUGCUGUCGCUGCUGCCCAACAGCGAGACGCCGCGGCUGUUCAACACGACUUUUAUCACCGGUAUAGUGACAUCGCAUGUGUACCUGAUGAAUCUGCGACCGCAGUUUGUCACGAUGCUGCUGCGACCGGUGAUGGACUGGUACGAGCAAAUAAACACCAACUACAACUCGAUGGUGACCUCCACCCAGUCGUCCACCAUUCAAAAGACCCUGCGUCUGUCGCUGUUCCAGCUGUACUGCAGGAUGCUGGCUCAGGGCCUGGUGCAGAAAUACUGCCCGCAGCUGGAGAGCAUUCUGGAUACCCUGGGCGGGUCCGAGUGGAUCUCCUGGCAGAGCCGGCAGGCCCGUCGGCGCAAGUACGAGGAGGAAAAGCGCGCCAGAGAGCGCAGCAAGAUGGCGUCAAGGCAGCAGCAACAGCAGCAACAGCAGCAGCAGAGACAGCGGUAUAGCCAGCCUAGCUCUGCGGCCUCUGCCUGGGACCAGGCGCGUGACGGUGAUUACUAUUUCGAUCCAGACGAUGACACCAUGGCUGAUCAGCCAGCGCCGAUGCUGCCGACCGACGCAAACUCGUUCUCGAGCAUCGCGCCGCUGCCGGCCGAAAUCGGGGCCAUGCUCGAGUCGCUGAACCGUAACAUGGCCUCGGGCAAGAAGCGCCCGGCGCACCGGCCCGAGUCUGACGACGAGGAGGAAGAUGAGGAGCAGCAGUUCCGCAGGCUUGAGGAAAACACGAAGCGGGUCAAAUUUGAGGCUGAGCAAGUGGCAGCAGCAGCUGUUACUGCCAUCGCUGACAUUGCAUCCAGAGCUGCAAAGGCUGACAAGGCUGACAAGUCGGCCACGGGGGAUGUUGAAAUGGACGAAGAGGUCAGCGCAGCAACGGACUCCGGUCCGUUUGUGCUGCACAAGAGUGAGGACAUCACGCCCGAGCUGCGCGAGCAGAUGAUGAACCAGGCGUUCAAUCGCGUGGUGGAUGCCAGCAAGAGGGUGAAGGCGCUGGUCGAAAGCAUGCACGUCCAGGGCAGCCGCGAUGUGGCCGAGAUCAAUGCCCCCAGGGUGCUGCCCAACGGGCUCAGCACCAACGCGGGCGUGCUUGAGGACGCAAUGUUGCUGCUGGUGCGGCUGAUCUCCAACUUUUACAUCACGCAGGCAGAUACCGACAGGCUUGCAACCAGCAAGCAGGCAGAUAGCGUGCUGUCGCAUGGGAUCCGCGAGUGCAUCGGGGGCGUGAUCUCUUUUAUCAUUGAGUCACCGCGGGCACACUACCGGCUGGCCCAGCUGCUGCUGUAUGAGCUCUGGCUGGCUGUAAUUAUCGCCAACCCCGAGCUCAAAGAGAGCAAGCCAGACGAGUUCUCGCCACUUGCGCUGUACACCGACUGGUGCACGCGCUUCUUUGAUAGCAUCCUUGAAUCGGCAAUCAAAGCCACGCUGACAGCCGAACAGCCAGCCCAGGUCGUGCCUGGCGCUGCCGAGGGCACUGUGGCAGUGCCGCCUGCCAGCAGGGCACCGCAGCAUGACCGGCUGCUGUUCAACUACAUCGUCGAAGCGCCGUUUUUCCCGCCUGUCCUCAUUAGCAAGAUGGGCACAUGCCUCAGCAACCCUCGCACCGCACACAUGGGCAUCGCGACGCUGCGUGAUGCCAUUGCGCUGCGUCCGCCUGUGCGCCGCGAGGGGCUUCGUCUUCUGCUUGCCUAUAGCGCGAACCCCGAUAGUGCCACACGCACAGCAUGCAUCAUUGCCGUCAAGAAGCAUCACACCGAUCCCACACACGCGGCGUGGAUAGAGAAGAUGGCACUGGAUGGUAUGCGUGAGAGCCUGAAGGACGCAACUGCGCAGUUUGCAGAGCUGGGGACCAAAGUGAAGGGCAUUCUGGAGACGCCUACUGGUCAGCCCAUGGAGGGCGAUGAGGCUACAGCGCCUGAGGACCCGAAGGCACUUGCCGCCAAGGCAAAGGCUGCAGGCGAGGCUGCGAUUGCUGAGCGGGUGCUUCGGCGCUCACAGCUGUUCUUAGCACUGUGCACCCGCAAUACCAGCUUGCUGUCCAAAAUACUCGAGAUCUAUGCUGAUGCGAUUCCGCAGGUGCAGGUCAUGAUCCGCCACCACAUCAAGCCGCUGGUGCUGUCAUUGGCGCACAGCCCAGCAAAGGUCCUGCCUGUCCUGCGCACAUUCCCACCAGGAGCCGAACUGAUGGUGCUGCGGAUGGUGGAGCUGCUUACGCUGCAAACGGUCCCGUCCAAGGAGCUGGUUCAGACCGUGAUCGAUAUAUACAAGGAGCGCCAGCCCAGCCCGCGCGUUCUGAUCUUUGUGCUCAAUGGCAUGACGCGCGACCAGCUGGCGCAGUACCUGCCUGAGGUUGUGCGCAUGCUGAAUGGCACCGAGCCCAUGCACAUGCUAGUCACCAUGGGCUUUGACCGCCUGACCACGUCGUACCAGGGCCGCCCCAGCUGCAUGAGCCCGACUGAGCUGCUCGUCGCACUCCACGCCAAGCCAAUCUACGACACAGGCAUCGCAUGUGCGGUGGAGGCCGUGCGUAUCUGCAUCGACAAGGACAUGGUGUUUUCGCCGCAGAUCCUGGCUGCCGCCGUCAAGAUGCUGCUGGAGCAGGACGAGGUGCCACCUCUGCUGCUGCGCACGGGAAUACUCUGCCACAAGAAGCACCGGAGCACUGCUGGCCUUAUCAACGGCAUGCUCAAUACCUUGGUCGAGCGUCGUGUGUGGCAGAUGCAGGACGAUGUCUGGCAGGGAUUCGUGCUGUGCUGCUACGAGUUGCUGCCGGCAACGUUCAAGGUCAUGUUCAGCCUGCCACACGAGCAUAUGAAGAGGAUGAUCGAGCUGGACCCGCGGCUGAAGAAGGCCGCUAAAGGAGUACGCGUCAAAGUUCCCGCGUGGCAGCCCUUGGAGUAG